GUCAAGUGAAAACUAUUGACACUGACAACUUAAACCCAAAAAUAAUUUAUUUAUUUAAAAUUGCGUUGAAUUUUUAUUGUUCAUGUCUUAAAAAAAGGAAGAAUAGUUCGACCAUAUUAUCCAAAACUAAUCAAAAUGUUAUUGAAUUCAGUUAAAAGAAUCACCACCAAUUUUAAAAGGACUCCAAUUUUAAGUUUGGUGAGGCACAAGGGUGCUUACGAAGGGGAUGAAAAGACAACAGUUCGAAUUAUUAACCAAGAGUUGGAACUAGGCCUUAUGGUUGAUUCCUAUGCAACGUAUGGCUUCAGAUUGAACAAUGGAGUCACAGUGCUGGGCCCUAUGGCUUUAUUUCCUAGGACAGUAUUGUCAUGGCAGGUGCGUGGAUCAUAUGAAAUCACAGAGGAGUCACUGCGACUCUUUAAAAUCCUGGAGCCCAAAAUAGAUUUACUGAUAGUGGGUUUGGAGACAAAUGAACGUAAGGCCAUAGACACGGCGUUCCGUGCAGCGCGCGCCAACAAACUAAAUGUGGAACUGCUGACUACCGAGCAUGCUUGCUCUACUUUCAACUUCCUUAAUGCUGAGGGCAGGUCUGUAGCUGGUGCACUCAUCCCACCGCUGAGUGUGACUGUAAACGAGGAUGACAUGCUGCAGACACAGUUACAUUACAGGAAUCUGUACCAACAGGACUUAUAGACAUUUAGGAACAUCUACACUUGGAACAGGACAUGUAGAAAUGAACUAACGGAACAUCAAGCAUAGUACCAAUGGGAAAUUUGUACCAAAUAAUUGUACUCUUAGGUAAUUUUCUUUAGUUAUGUGUCUUUUCAUCAUCAUCAUCAUCAGCUCACUAUACGUCCCCACCAAGGGGUUCGGAGCCUACCCUAAGUUAAGGGUGA